GCACGUGAACGCGCACUGGUUGUCAGGGUACACACACACUCGCACGCAAACACACGCACCCCCCUGUCUCUUUCUCUCGUGAGCGCGCACAUACGGCGAAAACGGCAGUUUACCGGACGGGAGAACGGCGACGGUGCGCGCCGUUAAAACCGUUAAACCGGGAGCGCGAGGAGAAAAUAGAAUGGGUAGACGCGGCGCGAGAGGCGCGUGCACCUGCUGCUACAGCGGGGGAGAGAGAUGGGGAAUAAACAUGCGGCCACGCUGAGGACUAAAGCAGAAGAAUAAAGGACCCGUUACCGUUACAGAGAGGCGAAAAGGAGGAACGCGAGGACCCGGUUGUAACGGGAGGUUGGAGAGUAAGAAUGACGUUUGGGAGGAGCAAAUUUUCUCCGGAUUGAUGGAUGUCCUACAGGAGUCUCGAUUGACAGCUCCAGAGCUCUGCCCCAGUCCUCCCAACACCACCCAUAAUGACUUUCAUGACAAGUUGCAUGUCCUGAGGCACGCUGACUCCCACGACCCCGCCCUUCUACCCUCUCUGGAUUCGGCAAGUCAGCCACCAGAGGUUUCCUUCACCGUAACGGAACUCCAUGAUGAAUCCGUCUCCAAAGCCGGCUCCCUCUCCUCUCUCUCGUCAUUCUCGUCUCUCUCCUCCCUCUCGCCCAUCUCCUGCUCCAAGCCUGUGACUCCCUGGUCCGUGCCUCAGAGCUGCGACCGGCCGCCCCUGUCCAGCAUGGAUUCCGGGGGAGGAGACUGCAUGAGUUGUCUGCUUCCCAAGAACCAGUCGUGCGAGACCAUGCUCGGCCUGACCCCCGAGUUCCAGUCGUGCCCUGCGUCCAACAUCAGCAGCAUGCACUGCCUCGGUUCUGCCCCUAUAACGUCCGGCCGCUACAGCGACCAAGUGCUCUCCGAUCAGCUGCUCAGUGCACCACAUUCAGCCGAAGUGAACGAACAUGGCGAGGAGGGGAAGUCGAUGCGAGAAAGCGAAACGGACGACGAUCCGACCUCAAGGAGUAUAUACGAAAGCUUGGGGGAGGAGGCGCAGGACUGGAGCUGUCUGGAGUCCCUGAUCAGCGAAAGUCGGAUGGAACUCUUGGACCUGUGCUCUCGCAGCGAGUUAGCGGUCAACCUGUUCUGCGAGGAAGACGUGGAAAACUACAUGUUCCAGGAUGAGGAGUCGUCUCUCGGGAACGACGUCUGUUCGCUCAAAAUCCGCUACGAGUCGUACCCCGAUGGAGCGCAGGAACGGACCGAGGCCUCCCUGCAGGACGAGUCUCAGCUCGGCUUCUUUCCAGCUUUACCCUGUAGCAGAACAGAGAGCCUGCAGGAUAAGAUGGACCAAUCGAGCGAGGACAAGGCGGACGCGCCGGCCACUCCCAGCAGCAACUUUCUUUUCGACCUUAGUAACUCACUGGAGGAUUCUGGUGAGUUCAGCGACGACAGCUACUGCACCGGGUCGUCCCCUGACGCCUGGCAGGUUCAACGACCCCACGGCCAACUGUCCAGAGAGAACUCCAGCUCCUCCAGCCAGCUGAGCUACCGUCUCCGCGCCAGGAGGAAAUUCGCCUACCGAGAAGACUACCUAUAUGACAUGGACUCCAUAGAGAGCGAGAAGAAUGCAGGAAAGCGGGAGAAACUGUCGGUUGGACCUAAGAAAGAAUGGGAUGACGAUUGGUGCCCGAAAAAGCGCCGCAGGUCCAGCCGGAAGGAGCCACCGGUUAUUAUUAAGUACAUUAUUAUUAACCGCUUCAAAGGUGAAAAGCACAUGCAGGUGAGGUUAAGCAGAGUGGACCCUGCAGUCACGAUGGUGAAUCUGAAUCCAGACAUCCUGCUGCACUACGAGAAAAUGGCGCCACUAAAAGCCUACUGGCAAAUGAAGGAAAAGAAACAGCAGGAGAAGAACAGCUUAGCCGCCGCAGACAGAACCAAACGCCUCAACGGCUGCAAACGACCACCGAGCGCUGCUCCGAAACGCAAGCAAAGGUGCACGAGCAGACUCAGGAUUCAACGGAUACCUGCUGUAGAGACUUUAGCCCCCGGCCAAAAUGCUGCUGCCUUGUGUUACAAUCAACAGAAAACCCACAAAUCAGUGAAAAGCACAGAACAACUACAAGAGGGCGGAACACUAGAUGCCUUGGACACAGUGGAGACGGAUACGGUUAAAUACCCAGCGAGGGCUAAGAGCAGGACUGAAGAGAGAGAGGAGAGGAGGAAAGGAGACAAAAGCGUGAAGAUGAAGAAAUUUAAAAGUGAAGCCAGGCUGAGGUCUAAACCACCACUGCAAGCACAGGAAGUAGAAAACUCCACUGCCUCGGAGCUUACACGGUUAAGUUCUUGUUUACCUGAAAACCUUAGUGACUCUUUGCAAAGUAACUUUGCCACAAGCGAGACCUCGGUUGAAAAAUGCACUUUGACUCCCACUGCCCCUGGAACUACUGAGAACGUGGACCUCCUGCCCGGUGGCUACCUGCAGACCCUUCUGGAGGUCUCUGACUCCUCCAGCGGUGGUAACGUCACCUAUUUCCAGACGGACCAGCAGCAGACGGAGCUGUUACCCGUCGCGACAACCCUGCAACCGGUUCAGAGCUGCGUACUCUCGCCUCCCUCCGAGUCGGAACUCCCCCACUCUCCCCAGCCUCUCAAUAACAUUCCCCACCACACCCCCUACCCCGAGACCAACCAUAGCGAGCAGAACUAUCCCAUCAACUGGCCAUCUCAACCCACGGUCGAGCAACUUUCAUUCUCACCCGACAUCCCGACUCAGUCCCCCGUCAUGCCUCCAGGCUUCACAGGGCCAAUUUCUGUGCUGGCAGGAGAUGGCACAACCGUGACAGGGUAUAGCCAGGUUCCGCUGGGUGCCUGCAGGAUGCCUUUCGAAGAGCCACUCUUGCCGGAGCCCAGUUCGGAUACAGACUACGGGUGCAGUCCGGUAGGGUCGAGGGGGGAAAACGGCAUGGGGCGACUGGUCAGUUUUAACUCCUUGGGGUCUCUCUCUGCAGCUUCAAGCAACUAUAGUUCACUGAGUCUGAGAGAUGGAGAACGGGAACAAGAAGAAGAAAUGAGCGAGAUCAACGACGGCUUCCUGUCGCAUUGCAGCCCGCAGCUCGUUCUGCAGCAAAACCUGGAGGAGGUCACGCCCCUUCGAGAGUCCACCGACCUGCUCGACAUAUCAAACUUCACCCCGGACAAGUUUCGGCAUUACUCCCUGUCCGAGAUGUCUCCACCGGACACUCCCAGCCCGUCACCACAGCUUCUGGGAAACUGUGGAAAAGGAACGGGGUUCUCGGAUGCAGCGGGGGCAAACGUGAGGUGGAACUGCGGUGCUGUCCAACAAACCGAGCAAGAAGCAGCACAGGACACGCACCUCUCGCACGCCUUCAACGAGGAGGAUGAAGAACAAGAGCUUCAGGGUCAAAAGAAGUCAAAGAAGAAGGGAGGAAAGAACGGCCAAAGCACCAAAAAGAGCAAGACCCCCAAGGCAGCUAAGGGUGACAAGGCUAAGCUUCCGCGUCAGGGUUCUCAUUCCGCCAAAAAGAUCAAGGCAUUACUGGAGGGCAAAGCAGCGAAAGGUGAGGGCAAGUCAGACAGUUGUGUCCCUUCUCCGACUCCCUCACUAGGCAUGAUGGGAGUUCCGGGGGAGUGGCCCAAUUCUGGAGGCCUAUCAGAUCACGACCAGGGUGAGUUCCAGGAGCCGUCGAACAUCCUGUCGAACAUAGUCUCGGGCAUGGCCGAGGUCCAGCGCUUCAUGCGAGCCUCUGUGGAACCGCUCUGGGGUCCGUGUCUCUCGCCAGGUCAGCAUGCUCUCCAGAGCCAAACGCUUAAGAUUCUGGGUAGUAGCGUAGACCUUAAGAAGCGGGGCGGUACAUCGGGGGCAGGCAAGGGAAAGAAGGGGGCAGGGCGUGACAGCAAGGGCAAACUCCUCACGCCUGGCUUCUUUCCUCCUAUCGGUUGGGACUGUCUCCCGAUUCCCCAUCGCCCCGCUCACAAGAAAAUGUACCGCCACAAAAGCACCACGAAGUUCGCCCGCGAUGAACUUUUAACGGGUAAACGAGACAUUAAAGGGGUGGCGCUGACCGCGUUGGUAGAGAAACAGAGGUAAUAUUAUAUUUUCUGUCCACAACACGCGUCACCUGUCAGAUUCCUUUCCUGGUUUUAUUCUUUUGAGCCACACUUUUCAGAGCUGCAUGGCACUGACUUUACCCACAAUCCUCUGCUUGCUCCACGGGAAACUGGGUACAUCCUGCAUGCCAGCCCUGCCAAGCUACCUACCGACGAACUGGGUUCAACGUAACACGGCUGCAUCUGUCCGCCACUGCUGCUUCGUUUCUUUCAGUUCAUUUAUUUUGUAAUCGAUUUUACGAUUAAGAGACAUGCCUUGAAAGUCACCUUAGAGCGAAAUCCGGUGUAGUAUUAAGCGCAGGGGUCCGAGCCGCCCCCGCGCCCGAUCAGCGUGCCAACGUCAUUGUUUAACACAAGCCAAGCACCUUGCUAGGCAUCUCAACUAAAGGUUGCCUUCUGUUCUUUAAGAAUGAACGACGAAAGGUUGUUCGUUUACUGUGCCAACCGUUCCGAAUGAUGGAUCUGGGAAAUCCAUGCGUAGCGUCUGUUAAAAAAAAUAAUAAAUAAAAAAACGAACCUGGGUACUAUUAGGUACUACUAGGUACUAGUACUAGUCGACUUCAGGAUGUUUAUUUACGGUUCCGAGUUUGAGGUUUCAGUCACCAGCGCCACAUGGCUGACUGGGUCUUUUCUGCCAGUAUCGAAAUGCUGUUGUACAGGAACAU